GACGAGCUUUCCUUCCGCAAGGGCGACAUCAUGACGGUGCUGGAGCGCAACACGCAAGGGCUGGAUGGCUGGUGGCUCUGCUCGCUCCACGGGCGGCAGGGUAUCGUCCCCGGUAACCGCCUCAAGAUCCUGGUGGGAAUGUACGACAAGAAGCAGCAGCAGCAGCAGCAAGCGCCUGGCCCUGCGCAGGGACAGGCACCACCACAGCCGUCAGUGUCCCAGUUGUCUCUGCCUUACCACCAUCAAGGGGGCUUCACCCCACUGUCACCUGCCUCACAGUACACACCCAUGCACCCUGCUUAUGCCCCUCAAGGGGACAAUGUCUACCUGAUGCCAGUCCCCAGCAAGGGACAGCAGGGCCUGUACCCAGGCUCAGCACCCACUGGACAGUUUCCACCUGCCCCACCUAAGCAGCCACCUGCCUACCAGCAGCCCCCUGCCUACCAGAAGCAGACACCUCCCCAUGCCUUCCCCAGCCCUGGCCAGGAGAUCUACCAGGUGCCCCCCUCACUGGGCCAAGCAGCAGAGGCGUACCCUGGGGGCUCUGCCAGCCCCCCCCAGGACGUCUACCAGGUUCCCCCCUCGGCCAGUCAGGCUCAAGACAUCUAUCAGGUGCCCCCGUCGUUGGACAUGAGGAGCUGGGAAGGGCACAAGGCCCAAGGAAAGGUGCUGGUGCCCACCCGUGUGGGGCAGGUGUACGUCUACGACUCCCCAAAGAGCGAGCAGGAUGAGUACGAUUUCCCUCGUCACCUCCUCUCCGCAGGCUCCCAGGAGAUCUACGAUGUGCCGCCUGUCCGAGGGGGUGUCCCGAGCCAGUUCAGCCAGGAGGUCUAUGACACCCCACCUAUGGCAGUGAAGGGUCAUAGUGGGCAGGACCCAGUGCAGGAGAUCUAUGAUGUGCCCCCCAGCGUGGAGAAGAACCUGCACCAAACUGUGUACGAUGUACCCCCCUCUGUGAGCAAGGACGUGCCUGAUGGCCCAGCACGGGAGGAGACCUAUGAUGUGCCCCCUGCCUUUGCCAAGCAGAAGGCCUUUGAUCCCUCCCGCCACCCUCUCCUGGCCCAGCAGGAGCCCUAUUUGCCAGAGGAUGUCUAUGAUGUGCCACCGGUGGCUGGGAAAGGUGCCCCCGCCAAAAUCUACGACGGUCCCCCCAGCCUUAAGAAGCUGGGGGGGUCAGCCUUCUCCUCCCAGGAGGUGUAUGACGUGCCCCGGGACCUGCAUGCCCCGGGCAAGGGCUCCCAGGACACAGAGGGCGAGUACAUCUAUGAUGUCCCACCACAAGUGGACCGUGAGGCCAAGGGUGCCGAUGCCAAGCGCCUCUCAGCCUCCAGCACAGGCAGCACCCGCAGCAACAUCUCCACAUCCUCACUGGAUGUGGUGCCCAUGAAGGAGCCGGCCAAGGGAGCCGGCAAGGAGUUCUCCCUGGACUUGGAUGCCGCCAUGGAGACACUGGCCAAGCUCCAGCACGGUGUUGGCGGCGCCGUCUCCUACCUCAUGUCCUUCAUCAGUGCCAACUGGCGCAGCCCUGAGCACAUGGAGGCCAAUGCCACCAGCAUCCGUGGGGCAGCUGAGGGUGUCCGGACAGCCCUCCGGGACCUGCUGGAAUUUGCCCGGGGGGCGGUGGGCAACGCUGCCCAGGCCUCUGACCGGUCCCUCUACACUAAGCUCAGCAAGCAGCUGCAGAAGAUGGAGGAGGUGUACCAGGCCCUGGCACAGCACGGCCAAGCGCUGGACGCUUGCCACUGGGCCCCAAGUGCCCUGGCUGGUGGCAAGUCGGGCACGGAUGACUUGGAGCACUUUGUCAUGCACUCACGUGGUAUUCCCGAUGACACCAAGCAGUUGGCCUCCUUCCUGCAUGGCAACGCCUCCCUCCUCUUCAAACGGACAAAGCCAGCAGCGGAGAGUGGUGGCCAUGGGCCCCCUCACCCCUCUGACAAGGCCAGCAGCAUCCAGUCACGGCCCCUGCCCUCCCCACCCAAACUGCUGGCCCAGGAGUCGCCCGACGGGCCCUAUGAGAACAGCGAGAGCGGCUGGAUGGAGGAUUACGACUAUGUCCAUCUCCAGGGCAAGGAGGAGUUUGAGAAGACCCAGAAAGAGCUGCUGGAGAAAGGCAACAUCAUCCGGCAAAGCAAGGACCAGCUGGAGCACCAACAGCUGAAGCAGUUUGAGCGGCUGGAGCAGGAGGUAACACGCCCCAUUGACAACGACCUGUCCAACUGGAGCCCUCCCCAGCACUAUGGCCCAGCACGGGGUGCCCUGUGUCCUGCUGACCGCCAGCUGCUCCUCUUCUACCUGGAGCAGUGCGAGGCCAACCUCACCACGCUCACCAACGCCGUUGAUGCCUUCUUCACUGCUGUCAGCACCAACCAACCUCCCAAGAUCUUUGUGGCCCACAGCAAGUUCAUCAUCCUCAGCGCCCACAAGCUUGUCUUCAUUGGGGAUACCCUGUCCCGCCAGGCCAAGGCCCAGGACGUCCAGCACAAGGUGAUGCACUACAGCAACCUCCUCUGUGAGAUGCUCAAAGAGAUCGUGGUGACCACCAAGGCAGCUGCCCUCCACUACCCUUCUCCCGCUGCCUCUAAGGACAUGGUGGAGCGUGUCAAGGACCUUGCCAAUAGCACGCAGCAGUUCAGGAUGGUGCUGGGCCAGCUGGCAGCCAUGUGA